AUGCUUGGACUGUCUCUUGGGCUUGGCCUCAACCUCGCCUCGUCGCUCAAAAGAUACGCCGUUAUUCUUCGCUGGUCGCUUCUCACCAAACGCUACGUUUCGCUCGAAGUUUUCGACUUAAUCCUCGGACUAGAAACUUUGACCAAAGUAGGAAAACUAAUGGUAAUCUCCCUCCCCGGCGUGCGCAGGAUCAAGUUUCUCCAAAAACUCCCCUGGUUCCGAGAAGCCAGAGACGACGGUACAAAACUGACAUGGAUCGUGUGUCUAAUCUGGCUGCUCGUAAAUAUUGGCGCCCAAGUCCUUGUCGCCACACUUUCUCUUUUCUGGCCUGUGGAUCCCUCUGAUGCUAUUCCACUGCUGACAUACGGCAACGUGAUGAUAUCCGAUCUUGCAACUUGGAAGGUCGAUCCGCCAUAUAUCGACAGCAACGGAUCUGCGCUGGCUGCCGCAAACACGUAUGGGUUAGAGGCAUCUGAAUAUCGCAUUUACCCUGCCAACGGCUCUGAGAACGCGCAGUCAUAUCUGGAUAGGAAUGCCAUGUAUCGCGGGGAUGAUUACUACGAAUACCGAUUCUUAAACCGCAACCCAGAGCACCUGUACACAAACUAUAUGGUCUCAUCGCGCGUGAUCCAAUCCCGAGCUACCUGCAAGCAACUAGCACUAGACGGCGAACUCGAAAAAGAAUCCGGCCGCAUCUUCGCAAACGGCAGCCUGGACGGCCGACACUGGCAGCAAUACCCCGUUCCUAUGUGGGUCAGCGGUAGCAUCUCCUGGGUUGGUUCCCGCGGAGCUUAUUGUGGUCCCCGCUGUACAAAUCUCACUGUCUACCAAACCGCUGAUGACAAGGACAUCAAAACGUCUUCGCUCUUCCUAUGCAACAGCACGAUCUCCCCCGUGCAAGGUGGUCAAACAGAACUCACGAACCUCCGGCCUGAAGACCACAACCACAUCUAUAGCAACGAUGAAUUCGCUCGGAUAGCCGCCGGUGCGAUAGCCUGGACGGGGUAUACUAUGACGGGUCGGUAUGAGCGGCAGACGCGUGUGUAUCUAACGGGCCUGCAGUGGAGUCCGUAUAAGAUCGUCAACGCAGACGAUGUAUCGGAUCUGAUAUCGAGGUUUUCAAUAUCUGCAAUUGCGGCGUUCGACGAUCAUGGAAUUCGAUAUACAGUGCCGAACCAGCACGUUCGCCCCGUGCAGGGACAGCAGGUAAACGUGGAUUGGGCGUGGGUUUUAGGGCUGCUAUGUGGGAUUUGUGUGAUUCAGUUCGGGGCGCUGAUUUGCUUAAUUUCCUUCGCGAAUAAGUCGAUUAUCCGCGAUGAGUCGUUCUUCAGUUUGGCAAUGUUGCUGAGGCCUGUGGUGGAUCGUAUUGGGAAGGAGGGCAUGAAUAUGAGUGGGGAAGAGAUCAAGAAUCAUCCUAAGAUGUUGUGGAAGCGGAUAAGAUACGAUUAUCGAGAGGGGAGGAAUGGAGAGCCUAAUCAGGUUGACAUAUUCUGGCAGGGGAGAGAUAUGGCAGAGAGCAGGAGGAGCUGGGCUCCUGGGGUGUACAGUUGA